GUUUCAAUGGCCGGUAUAGUAAGGCUACAUCAAUUAUCAUAUUAUUUUUCAUUUCUUUUUGCCUGCCCUUGUUUCACAACCUAAUACUGAUUGAUCAGGUACAUUGCAAUGAGUGCUUACUUAUGUUUUGUCUCCUGUUAUUUUUUGAUUCCAGUCUUCAUACUUUCAGACACCUUUGAUAAUAUAGGAAGAAGAAAGUAUUCGCUCCAGACGAAGAUGUCUAGCUUGCUUGUGUGCUAUAACAUUAAUCAGUGCAUCGGGCCCAACAUUUUCUAUCAUUGGAACCUUGAUGAUUUAUCUCAUUUGAACAUAAUCUAACCCCUCUGAUUUUUGUCAGUACAUGAUUGUACACCUCCUAUGCCCGCUUAAUUGUGUGUUCAUUUUGUUAAUCAAGAAGCAUCUGAUUUUAUGGCUGGGUACGCUGAAAAUAUAUAAAACCGUUCUUCUUUUGGAUAAUUUGUUUCCCUUUGACCAAUCUUUGUUACUUUCCUACACAUUUGUGCAUAGUGUAAUGCUCCAGCAUGACCGCUUCGUGUGCUGCCUCGAGUCACGCGGCCACUACGCUCGCGCCGAGGCGGAGGCAGCUGCCACUCUCGACGCCCUCCACUGCGCGCUCUCACCGGCGGCGUUCGCAAAGCCUUGUCACCGCGCUGCAAGUGUUGCCCCCCUCCUCCCCAAGGGCAAGGUGAAGAAAGGUGCCUGUGUGGUUCUUCUGCAGCUCGCAGCGAGGAUUGCUGUGUCCAACCUGCACAAUAAUGCCAAGAAGUCCUUCUUGGAGACGAUUAAGGACAUGUACCUGCACUACAACGAGAGAUCUGGGCUGCUUCUUUGCGGCUUCCAAACUUGAAAUUUUUGUUUGGAAGUUAGUUUAGUUUUUUGUUGUGGAUUCACAUCUUCUCACAUGUACCAUCUUCUUAGACCUUUAGAUUUCCAAAAAAACUAAAUGAAGAUAUGGUGGUAUGGUCUCAAUAGUACAACUUAAAGCCUUGCAUGCUUUAUAUUUUCUCUGAAAUUUGGUCUUGAA